GAGGAAAGCCCUGGCCUGUUGGUGGAAUUGUCCUGAGUCAUUGCUUUGGCUGGGGCCGUGGGGAGAAACCAUUGUGUGGCAGAUAGGAGGCUGCCCUAGGCCAGAACUAAACCUGGGAAAGUAGGCCAAGGACUAGGCACAAAAGGGCCAUGGCAGGGGCUCACAGCAUUGCUUGAGACCUGGAACUAGCCUGGCACCUGGAGAUAGCUGAGGCAGCUGUUUUCUCUGUGGGCUCUCAGCAGCAUGAGGGCCCCCCCCUCCCCGUGCACAGUGUCAGCCAGCAGGCCCACAGCUGUGGAUCUGAGCAGACCUUCUGGGAUGCCUGGGGAGGGAGGGGUUUUAGCAAAAGAGGCACAGACUAGGCAAGCUGAUGAGCAGGGCGGGCCUUGCUCACGAGGCAGGCUCGCAGGCGGGCCCAAACCCAGCUUCACUUCCCGCCACUGCUGCCAACAGCAGGGCCAGCAAGAGUGUGCGUGCCUGACUCUUUCUAGUCACUGCUGCCUCCCUAUUCCGGCACAGCAGCAGGUACCUACCCCAGCAUGGGCUCACAGGCCCCACCUCCUGGUCCCAUGCAGACCCUCAUCUUCUUGGACCUGGAGGCCACUGGCCUGCCAUUCUCCCAACCCAAGGUCACGGAGUUGUGCCUGCUGGCUGUCCACAGAUGUGCCCUGGAGAAUACUCUCACCUCUCAAGGGUUAUCACCCACAGUGCCCCUGCCACCACGCGUGGCAGACAAGCUUUCACUGUGCGUGGCUCCUGGGAAAGCCUGCAGUCCUGCAGCCAGCGAGAUCACAGGUCUGAGCACAGCUGUGCUCGCAGCACAUGGGCGUCAACGCUUUGAUAACAACCUGGCCAACCUGCUCCAAGCCUUCCUGCAGCGCCAGCCACAGCCUUGGUGCCUGGUGGCACACAACGGUGACCGCUACGACUUCCCCCUGCUCCAGGCAGAGCUGGCUAUGCUGGGUCUUGCCAGUAUUCUGGAUGGUGCUUUCUGUGUGGACAGCAUUGCUGCCCUGAAGGCCUUGGAACAAGCUAGCAGCCCCUCAGAGCAUGGCCCAAGGAAGAGCUACAGCCUGGGCAGUAUCUAUACCCGCCUAUAUGGGCAGGCCCCAGUGGACUCACACACGGCUGAGGGUGAUGUUUUAGCUCUGCUUAGCAUAUGUCAGUGGAAGCCAAAGGCCCUGCUGCAGUGGGUGGAUACUCACGCCAAGCCCUUUCGCACCAUCAGGCCUAUGUAUGCCGUCAUGGCCUCUUCUGGGACCAACCCCAAACGGUCUGCGGUCACAGCCACUACACCCUUAGCCACUACCAAGAAUGCUAGUCCCAGCAUUGGUGAAAGCAGAAGACCCAAGGCUGUUACUUCAACAACAGUCCCUGGAAUCCCACCCCGGGAGGGGCUGCUGGCCCCUCUGGGCCUGCUGGCCUUCCUCACCUUGGCGAUAGCCACAUUGUAUGGACUAUUCCUGGCCACACCUGGGCAGUAGAUUGAGAAGGAAAAUCUAAUAAAGACCCCCCACAACACUGA